AAAAAAUUAUUCGUCCUUUGGGCAGACUGUUCUUUUUAUAUAUAUAUAUAUAUAUUUAAAAUCUUAUGAGUAAUAGACUUCUUUCGAGAUCGUGUUGUUUGUAUUUUACAAAACACCAAUAUGCUGCUUACUCGACAUUACCUAAAGAAGCAGCAGGCAAGUUUACCAGUAACAAACUGAUCAAUACAACCAAGUCAGACAGUGUUCAAAGAACUCUGGUCUAUAUAGGUCCCUUUUCAGAGACAAUGAAGCGAUAUAAAAUGACAGCUUCUUUUUUUGGAUUGUGUGGCAUAGUCCUUGUGCCUGCUUUAAUUAACAGUGCUCCUCCACUCAGCGUAUUAUUAGCUGGUCUUUCAACAGUGUCUCCUGCUAUAUUUGUACAUUUCUAUACAAAAGGCUACGUGUCAAAAUUAAUUGUGUAUGAUGAUGUUAAACAAGUCGAGAAAGAGCGCAAGAAACCCAGAGACAUGAAGGAUAAAUUUGUGGGGAUCGAAACUAUUUCAUUCUUUGGUAAAGUCAAACUUGAUUCUAUGUGGUUAUCUCAAUUGAACUAUACAUCUACACCCAAGGGUAUUGUCUGGAGAAAUAAGCAAAAGUUUUUUACGUUUGAAAGAGAAAUUAUGCAUGCAGAUCCAUAUUUAAGAGCCUUAUGCCAUCGUGUUGAAAAGAAACAGUCUUAAUAAAGCAAUUUACCAUCUUGAUGUUUGA